UUCUAUUUUUCUCUACCAAUCACUCACAUUUGCUUCCUUAGCUAGCUAGCUCUGCACAGCUAGAGCUUCUUCAUUCUGUCAUGGAACAACAUAUCAACCUAGAGACUGCUGCUGCCCAUGACAAGUUCCUCAGCUCAUCUUCCACCACCUCUUCCUCUACCUCCUCUUCUUCAACAACUUGCAAGAAUUCAUCAGCUGCCAACCAAAACACAAACACAAACACUUCCCCUCUCAAACGCUCGAGAAAAGCUCAAGAUUCCGACAACGAAAGCGAGCACGGGAAGCCGCGGAGUAGCGACGACGAUGGCGGUGGCAACGGCGGCAAGCACCCGACAUACCGCGGAGUGCGAAUGCGCAAUUGGGGAAAAUGGGUGUCGGAAAUCCGCGAGCCGAGGAAGAAAUCGAGGAUAUGGCUUGGCACAUAUCCCACAGCAGAAAUGGCAGCUAGAGCUCAUGAUGUAGCUGCUCUAGCAAUCAAAGGUCACUCUGCCUACCUCAAUUUCCCUGAAUUGGUCCAAGAACUCCCCCGGCCCAUCAGCACAGCUCCCAAGGAUAUCCAGGCAGCAGCCGCCAAGGCGGCGGCCGCCACAUUCCUAGAGCCAAUACAAUGUGAAGCCGAGCCUAAUCGAGCCGAGCCAAUUCCUGAAACCGUGCAGGAAUCAACCGGUUCACCUUCUACCGAUGAUGACGCAUUGUUUGACCUGCCGGAUCUUCUUAUCGAAGGCGGACUCUGCUACCAUUCAUCGUCGACAUGGCAGUUGUGUGCAGCAGAUGCCGGAUUCCGGCUUGAAGAGCCAUAUUUAUGGGAGUAAAUAUAGCAGGAGAUCAGGGGCUUUAACCUCAAAGUUCAUCACAGUGGUCCACCAGCAACUGCAUUCUCUAGACAACAAAAAACCCAAACUGGGAAAAAUGUCACAUCUGUAUCCUUUUGAAAUGGGUUGGUUUCAGUCCACUUUGGCCCCGUCUGAAUUUGCAGAGAUUGGAAAGGGAGUUGUUACAUCUCUUGUUUGCUUGCAUAUUUGCUCCUAAAAGAGAAGGGAGGGGGGGCCUUCAAUCUUUACUCUACUGUAAUAUAUCAGCAUUAUAUAUACAAAUAAUAAA